CACGAAAAACGCCGCGACCAGGUGGAUGACGUUCGUCAAGAACCCGUCACCGUGUCCGAUACCGCGAAUGAACCCGGAAAGAAAAUCUUCCGCGACCGACGCGUGUUGCGCGAACAACGGAUCGCCCAAAGCGGUGAAAACCGAAUCGCCAAAGUGGGAACCGAUCAGAAAGUUCGCGCCUCCGCCGGCGAAGACGGACAAGGAACCUGGGCAGAAACAAGAUGAGACGGGAUCGAAUCGAGAUUCACCAACGAAGCAGUCGCCUGACGCCAACGAGCAAUCGCAACGACUCACCCAACGCAUGAGAGAUUUGUACGACUUCAAAACGGAAAACGAAUGGCCGAAAAGGGCGACGAACGCUCGACGUGGUAACUCGUGGAUUAGCAAAAGUAGCAGCGAGGAAGAGAAGAAUAAUCAGUCGAUGCGGAGGAACAGUCAAGACUUGGAGUUUAAUAACCGGUUUAAUGUUAUUAAGCUGAAGGACACAAAGGUGCAGUCGGACCACCAAGACCCAAAACGACCACCGAAAAAGGACCCCGAGGUUCUAAACAGCGAAUACGAAGAGCGUCUGCGUAAAUUCAACGAAAGGCUGAGAUUCAGCGAGGACCUAGGCGUAGUGAAACCGAAAUUGAAAGAAAGACGAACGUUCUCAGACGAUUACGAGGAGAAGACUCGUCGAGCAUCGACGCGGUCCGCGCGCAGCGAGGCGUCCACGCGUCUCAAGCAAAAGUCCGAGGAUUCGACGGAGAGUCGCUAUCCGAUCGAGAAGAAGAGGAGUUCGGAUGCAAGCAGCAAAUCCCGAGGGAGCUACGCCGAGGUGAAUCCAGUGAAAAGGGAUUCGAGGACCAGUGAUGUUAGUUACGCGAGCAUCAGUAAUAGUAAUGCGAAACGAGCGAGCGUGGAUUGCAAGGGGAGUAGCAAGAUGGUGGAACUUCUGCCGCGGAGAGCUUUUAGUCAGACGGAAGAGAGACCUUCGACUCCUGUGCCUCCUGUGGAAUGGAACGACGAUCGUUACGCGACUGCUCGUCUGAAGGAGAUCUCUGAACGCCAGAAGAGGGACAGCACCAGAUACAAAGUGUACCUUACCUAAGACACAGAGUAAACCAGAGGCGACACUCUGUCUUUGAUCUCUUUAAAGCUGUCCCUUUAAAUUGUACAAACGAGCGAGAAAUUUCAAUCGAGCAAAUCUACUUCCAUGUCAAUCUCUAAUAAUUUGGAAUAUAUUUGUAAUAAAUUUUCUGUAUAUUACUGA